AUGUCUCCGCCGGCUGGAGAAAUGGGUAGCACCUCAACAAACAACAUCCCCCGCUGGCUCCAAUUAGCAUCCAGCGCAGACCAUAUUGAUAGUUCCCUGAGCUUACUCCAGGCUCGUGAGCGUACCCGGAAUAACGCUCGUAAGGCCACGCGGCCGCAAGUAUUGCCUUCGCGAGUUCGCCAGGUUCUAUCGCCCUCUGCUAGCAAUGAGCUCUCCAAAUAUUACUCUAUCUCCGUUGGCGCUAACCCAGACAACUUGUGGGGAAAUCGUUACUCAAAUAUCGAGCCUUAUGAUCGAACUCGCGUUAUCGUAGGGGGCGCUGUAGGUGCACUGGCAGAUGGCAGCGUGAACAGCACAGUUGCUUCUCUCGAUGGCAGAUAUUUCAAUGGUAGCUGGGUGCGGGAGUUGUUUGGUGGAAAGUGGUGGAUCGCAACCCAGGCACCCCUGCCACAAACCUCUCAUGUAUUCCUAAGCGCCUUGCUCCAGCCGAUACAUCGUCCCAUGACCUUAGACUCUGCAACAUCGCCCCCGAUACCAAGUAGAGUGCGUACUGUUGUACAGCUCACUCAGAACUUCGAGAGUGGAAGACGAAAAGCAGAUGCAUACUUUCCUUCUAAACCUGGUCAGUCGUUCAUCGUGCCGCCGGAACGAGGUUGCACUGCUCCAUCGUUGCAAGUUACUUUACUGGAAAGCCGGACAUUGAAGGAGUCACGCUGCAUCCAAAGCAAACUUAAGGUAUCCAUUCCUAUCCUCCAAUCCAAUCAGGAUCGUGCCCAGUCGGUGAUUUUUACUCACAUGCUGUAUGCGGCAUGGCCCGAUCAUGGCGUUCCAGAAGAGGAAGACAAAGAGAGUUUGCUAUCUUUUCUGCGGCUCGUUGAUGAAACGAACAAAAAUACUUCCUCUCAGGAUGCUGUGUCGGAUCCUGACCCCCCUAUCAUGGUGAAUUGCUCCGCAGGGAUUGGACGCACUGGAUCGUUCGUUGCCAUCUCGUCUUUGUUCAGGGCGUUUGGUCUAUUUAAUAUGUCUUCGCUGUCUGCAUCAUUACCCAGACCGCUGAUCAAGUACCCGCAUACCCUACCCCAGUCGCCCCUAGGACCGCUUCCCAAGGAAUUUGAAGAUGAUCCCGUUGCUCAGGAGGUUGAUUCGCUGAGGGAGCAGAGACCGGGUAUGGUGCAAAGGGAGGAGCAGCUCGUAUUGAUAUAUGAGCUUCUAGUGCAAGCAUAUUCGCGCAGAGGAGCAUGUUGAGCCGACACGAUUCGCAGAGCGCUCUGCUCGGUUAAGGCUGUUACUAAUAAUGGAGAGACUGGAACGUUUUGACAAGCUUGUAGGUUGUAUGGAUCAAUAUUCAGCUGUCAGAGUAUGGCUGUGUAUAGUACCUGGUUACUAGUACCACGUUUUGGGACCCAAAAGCUGACAUGUAUUUCUCUCGGAUUCAUGAUCAUGAUGCCUAUGCUGGCACUGUUCCAAAUGCAGGCUCAACACCAAGGGCCGGAGCUCCGGCUCUU